UGCUAUUGCGGUAACUCUGAUCAAGAAGCCAUUGCCAUGGGAUGCAAGUACGACCAUAUUGCGGUGGACUGGCUCCCAAAUAAUUGCAUUGACGCCGCGCUCACGGCCGAGUUUGUCACGGCCGGACCAGGACCAGGUGGAGCAUGGGAUUACUUCUCUGAUUACGCAGGGUUGCAAAGAAUGAACGAGUCUGAAGUUGAAAUAUAUGCAAGGAAUGGAAAGGAUUACUUUGUCACUCGGCAAUGGCAUAUUGCUCACUGCUCGUUUGUUUGGAGAAAGCAAUGGAGAUCUAAAUUUACCUCCACCUUGAUAGAACCAUGGAAUGACAAAGAGGAACACAUCGAGCAUUGCAAUGAAUACUUCAUG